AUGAAAUGUAUCGACAACGUUGGCUUAGUGGUGACAUUAGCAGUAAUAGCGGUGAUAGUAGGAGGACAGGAUACCACCACCGAAACAAUUAGUACAGCAGGCCAAACAGAUGUCGCCCCAGUUAAAAUCACAACCAAUAAUCCUAGUACCACAGACACAAAUGUGCCAACGACUGGUGCAUCAACGGCUGGGUCAUCCACAGCUGGCUCAUCAACGGCUGGCUCAUCAACCGUUGGCUCAUCAACAGCUGGUUUGCCAACAACUGGUUUUCCCACAUCUACAGCAGCAGCUGCCCCGGUUGUAUCAGCAGUAGCUGCUCCAGUUGUUCCAGCAUCUGCACCAGUGAUGACACCUCAACAACCACCAGCAUCAAAUACGCCACAGCCAUUGCCUGCUUCUCAACCUCAACCUCAAACAUCGUCGAACCAAGUUUCAAAUAUUGUACCUAUGCCUCCAGUCCCCGGUAUGGCAUCAAUAUGUCCAAAACCCAUCGAUGUACGCGGUGCAUCAUAUACCGUAUAUGGAGCUUUCGCCGUUUAUCGAUGUCGACCUGGUUUUGUUUAUGACCAGCAUGUGUCAAUGUGCCAGCCAGAUUCAACAUGGACUCCGCCCGAAAUAAUAUGUAAACCACGUACGUUUGUUAAACCAAUAGUUACAACAAAUACCAACCAAGGCCAUAAUAUCGUCCAGAACAUGUAUGCCUUUAUCUCAGCUAUGGAAGCAGCUGGUAGUCGCAGCUUAAGCUCACAAGACCUAAUUGGAGCAUUCAAGUCAAUUUUAACAGGCACUGCAGAUAUCACUAAAUUACAACAAGGAUUGUUAACAAAUCCUACUCCUCAAGUGCAGCAGCCACAACCAACGUUUAAUCAGCAACCGACACAACCAUCUCCAACAAUUCAAAAUACAAAUCAAUUCCAAAACCCGACCGUACCCAUACAACAAACUAAUCUAAUGCCUCAAAAUCAACCAGCGUCUCAAUUUCCAACUCAACAAAAACCAGUUUCUCAGUUUACGAAUCCACAACAACAACAACCAAAUACUCAAUUUCAAAAUCAACAACAACCAAAUUCUCAGUUUCCAAAUCAACAACAACAACCUAAAAAUCAAUUUCAAAAUCAACAACAACAAACAGUUCCUCAAUUUGCAAAUCCACAAAUAGUUUCUCAAUAUCCAAAUCAACAACAGACAGUUUCUAAAUUUCCAAAUCAGCAACAGACAAAUUUUGGUCUAAAUCAACCGACCCAACCAAUGUCUAAUAACAAUCCCCAAACAUUUAAUAAAAACCAAGCUAUGUAUCCCCAAAACCAACAAUCAUUUCCUAAUCAGCAGAAACAACAGUUUCAAAAUCCACCACAAUCAUUUCAAUCGAAUAUGAUGAACAAACAAUUCACACAACCACAGCAACAACUCAACCCAAACCGUCAAUUUCAAUCACAGCAACCACAACAACCACAAUAUAAUCAACAAAACAUGCAAAAUGCAAACCCACCAUAUCAACAAUUUCAACAGCAACCUAUGCAACAACCAUCUAACCAACCGUUAUCUCAGCAACAGAUGUUACAACAAAAGAUACAAAUUGUUCAGAAUCAAAUGCAACCAUCUACACAACAAACCAAUCAAUUUAUGCCUCAACAACAACAGCAGCAGCAACAGCAACAACAACCACAAAACCAGCAGCAGCUUCAACAGCAACAGCUUCAACAACAAAUUCAACAACAACAAAUGCAGCUUCAACAACAACAGCAGCAACUUCAACAACAGAUUCAACAACAGAGAUCUUUUCAGCAACAACAACAACAACAACAACCAAUGCAACCGAAUCAAAAUGUUCCAACUUUAAACCAAUUCCAGAUUCAAAACCCUGCGAGUCAAGCUGCUCAAAUACCAUCAACUGUUGCAAAGUCGUCUCCUACUGCUAACAACCCUGCUGAAGGCGUACUACGUCAGCUUUUAGGCACACAAUAUGACACUAUGAGUCCAGCAUUAAAAGCAGUUUUAUUAGGUGAGCAAUCAAAAACACCACCACCAACAGCAGCAGCUCCUCCUGUUCAACAACCUUCCAACGACCCUCUUGCUGCUUUACUUGGUGGCGGUGGUAAUAACAAAGCUUCUAACGCUGGUAUGCCUAGUUUAUUUGACUUCGGAAGUAUGUUUGGUGGCUCAAAUGGCACUGCCAAUCCAUUUGGUAUGGGGGGAGGCAUGAUGAACAUGAUGGACCCAGAAAUGAUGGCUGAAAUGCAUGAACAGCGCUUAGCGGCUAGCUUGGUCCACAAACUAUCCGGUAAAGGUGGAUUGCCUGGAACCAAUCCAUUGGCGGCAUUAGGAGCAGCAGGAGCCGGGUUAGGAGCAGGUGGUUUAGGGGGCAAUCAGAUGGAUCCUUUAGCUGGACUUUUAUCUGGUACCGGUGGUUUGUUUGGGGGUGCUGGUGGUGCAGGUUCUGGUAGUCCUUUCGAUGCACUAUUAGGAGGCGGGGGAGCAGGUGGAGCAGGUGGCAUGAAUCUCGGCAAUCCACUUGAAGCUCUCUUGGGAGGUGGUCAGGCAGGUCCAGAUGCGUUAUUAGGUGGCCCAGGGGGUGCAGGUGCGGGCGGUAACCAGUUGGCUGCUCUCUUAGGAGAUGUUCCAGGAAUGUCCCAUCCAGGUUCUGGCGCUCACCCUACUGCUGGUGCAAACUUACCCUCCUCAGGAAAUCCCAGUCAAACACCGAGCAGUUCAUCUGGAAACUCAGCUGUAAAUGCUGAAACGAUGAAGAUGAUGAAGAAGCUUGGUCUCAUGAAAAAGAAGAAAUAAAACGAUGGAAAGACAUUUAUCAUACUUAUGCAUAACGCAUCUAUAUAUCGUUCAGUAUAACAUUGGAAGUAGGUGUACUGUGAAUGAUAUCGUUCAUACAAAUAUCCUUAAGCAUCAAAUGUGCGUAUAUUAAAAGCCAUUUAAAGAAACUAUCAAAUACCAUGAUCAUACAAUAAAUAUAUUACUCGGCAAU